UUUUACCAAUUCACUUUCCAUUUGGCAUGUUUGGGACUUGCGCUUAUUGACGGGCAAACUUCAUUUCUUCAGGGACCAAUCUUUCAUGAUGGGAUGAAAGAAUGGAGCUGUUGCAAGAAAAGAAGUCAUGAUUUCAGCUUGUUUUUGGAAAUUCCAGGAUGUAAGACCGGAAAACAUACAUCUGAAAAGCAAGUGAUUGCACCGGUUAAGAAGGCUACUGUGGCUGCUCCAACUGCAGCUCCUUCAACCAAUGCAUCGGCAAAGGACUCUUGUUCUAGGUGUCGGCAGGGAUUCUUUUGCUCAGAUCAUGGUUCACAAGUCAAACCUGUAAAUACUGAUGGAGAUAACCCUGGAAGUGUUGCCGGACAUGCCUGCGCUGAGACCAAUUCAAGUGUUCAGGAUCCAAAGGAUCCUAAGAAGAUAGUCGAUAUAAACGAGCCCCAAGUGUGUAAAAAUAAAGGGUGUGGCCAAACUUUCAAGGAGAAGGAUAAUCAUGAGACUGCUUGCAGCUACCAUCCUGGCCCCGCGGUGUUUCACGACCGGAUGAGAGGGUGGAAGUGCUGUGACAUUCACGUGAAAGAAUUUGAUGAGUUUAUGAGUAUUCCUCCAUGCACAAAGGGAUGGCAUAAUGCUGACCCUGAUCAAUGAAGACUCCAACCACCCACAAUAUUGGGAUUUUAUCAGUCUCAUUCAAUUUUCUUUACAAGCUGUGAUUGAAAUUUGAAACAAUCAAUCUUCCCCCAAAAA